AUGCCUCCCUCGUUCGACAACCCUCCCGCGACACUCGCUGAGCUCAAGGAUGCGCUCGACGACCUGCUGGAGGACUAUCUGGACACGCUCUCUGCAUAUCAGCAAGCGCGCGACCUGCUAUCGAGCCACUUGAAGACCGGCUACUUCGACCUCGCACGGGCCAAAGUUGCGCUGGGACCGGGAAGAGUGGGACAGUCGAGCUACGAUUUGGGCGAGAACGAGUCGUUGCGAGUUGUGACGAUUGAAGGCGAGGAGGAAGUGUCGCAGGACAAGGGAGUGAAGGAGAACGGUCGGAUAUCCUGCUUGCGGUACUUGCUCGACCUGCGACCCGCUUCCCCUGAGUCCGCACGCGACGUCGACAGCUCCUCGAAUUCUCCAGCAACACUUCGUCGACGCACAACGGCCGCAGAUGGUCGACCAGACCCCUCGACGCCCGACACAACUUCCUCCUCCGCACCAACUCGAACCCGCCCUCACGUCUCUCCCCUUGCGCAAUUCUCCGCCUUCCCACCUCCAGCCCUCCGUUCGUCAGCCGAUGCGUUUGGGAACGCGGUCGAGGCAGCCGUCCGAUGUGUCGAGUGCGAGGCGAGGGUGAGGGAUCGAGCGAGGGAGGUGAAGCGGAUGAGGAAGCGGGUCGAGAGGGCGGAAAAGGAGGCGAUGGGUGGGGAAGUAGUAGGAUGA